GCGCUCUCGCACCGGUUCCUGAGGGUAGCCGACCUGCGGAAGGCCUGCACUGGGCCCCUCGACGCCAGCAAUGACCUGACGUCCGACGCGGUGCCCUUGCCGACGUCCGUGAUGAGGCACCACAGGCCGCGAAUGGAGGACGACCACGAUAAUCUGGUGAUAUACAACGGGACGCUGUACAAACUGGGCUCCGGAAUGAACGCCGAGGACAAGAAGGCCUGGGACAGGAGAGACGUGUGGAUCUCGGCGCACGGCCACCUGGGCUACUUCAGCCAGAAGGAGCGCCUGCGCUCCCAGCCCGCGCACCAGCUCUCGGUGGCCGUCAUCGAGCGGUUCGCCGGCAGGACCGCCAUGGAGCACGCGAUGGAGAUGCCCAGACGGUGCCAGACCACGAGGACCCAGGCGAGGGCGAGCAUGAGUGCUGGCUCUUCGCCUGCGACCAGAGGGAGGACCUGGAUAGAUGGCUGGAUUUGCUCGACAGAGUCCGGCACCAGACGAUGGCGACCAUGA